GACGCGCCAAGUCCCGAAAGAGGAACAGGGGGGAUAGUGCGGUGGCAGCCCAGUCAUCUAAGAUUCCGGAGAAGGGGUUGGGGGGAUUCCGAAGGCCGUGACAGCCUCAAUAGUUGCGCCGCGGCCCGAGGGGGCGAGCGCGACCGGAGGAACGCAGUGCACUGUUUAUCGCCCUGUCAGGACCGCGCAGAGAGGGGAGGCGGAGGCCUGAGGCGAGUGGCCUCGGGCCUGCCGCAGCUGCGAAGCUUUAGAUAUUUAAAGGCCUGAUCCUGGAGGCCGUUGGCGUCUGGUUGUCAUAACAACGGGGCGCCUCCGGGCUGGACGGGCCGGGGGCGGGGCUAACGGGCUGCAGCCAAGAAACGGACAUGGACGACGCGCCAGGAUCCGGAGGAGACUGGAGCGGCUCUUUGGCUUACCUUUAGGCAUUAACCCCAGUCCGCUGAAUGAACCGAAGUCCUCACCUGGGCGUUCAGGACCCUGCGCGAUCUGGUCCGUUUUCACCGCGAAUUCCAGCAACGGAUUCCUUCCUCCCCCAACUUGUUGGGCAAUCUCCGCUCCUCUGAGCCACUGUUUACGCUGUUCCUGCAUCCGGGCUGCUUGGAUGAUGGCAUGCUGAGAAGCACCCCAGAGCCUGGGCCCCCAUGGCAUCCCCAGACAAAGAUGAGGAGUCCUCAUCUCUCUGGGCCUCCCAGACAGAGCCCUGGGAUGCCAUCCUCAAGGCCGUCAGGGAGCAGCUCCCAUCACUGGAUUCAGAUUCCUCUUUGUCAGACUGCGGGCCAGAAGAGCUGUUCAUCUUCCAGCGAGAUCAAACUGCCCUGAUUCCAGACUUGUCAGAGGAGCUGGCUGAAGACCCUGCCAGGGCCUGGCUUGCUACAGCCGAUGGGCCUUCUGAGGCAGGUGUGGUGUCUGUGGAACUCACUGCAGGACGCUGGAGUAAGGGCGGCGCAAAGACAAAGGGUUCUGCCUCUGUGCAAGGCGGGGAUCCUGACAGGCCUGUAGAGAGCUGUGGUGAGACCAGUUCCCUUCGUCGGGUGCCUGCGGACACCCCCACGUGGGAGGAAGGCGACCGUGGGUCUUUGUCCUUCAGCACCCAGGGUUCCCCCUGGGGGUCACACGGAGAAGCCACCUUCUCCCCCUGGGAAGAUGACCUGAAAACAGAAGCCCCAGGUGCUGCCUCACCAGCUGGUUGGAGCACAGACUCCAAAGACCACAGAGCCCCCCGAAGGGAGAGGAGGAAGAUGAUUGAGAAGAACAUACUCCAUAAAGUUACCUGGGAUGCCCGCGGCCCAGCCUGCAGUGACCGGAGUCCAGUGGAGGAGGCAACGGCAGGUCUGAGACAAGAAACGCCCCCAGAGGGGCCCCGGGAAGGACCUCUGGUGCUUUCCCUCAAGGAACUUGAAGAGUGGGAUUUGGAUCACAUCCUUCAGAGUCUGGCAGGGCAAGAAGGCGACAGGGGAGAUCGCGCAUCUAGAGCCACGUGGAGGGCAGCUGACCGCCUGGGCCGAGACCACACCCAGCCGAAGUGCCAGGACAGGAUCAUGGAACAGCUCACCCUUCUGUGUGCCGCCCAGUCCCAAGGCCCUUCUGCCGACAUACCCCAGGACACCGCGCAGCACGAGGCCAGGAGCAGAUCUGCUCCAGGCAUCCAGGCUGAGCUGGGCCUGGCCCAGCGCAGGCAGCUAAGGAGCCCAGCAGAGCCUCCCACCAUCUUCAUCGAUCUGCGGCCCUCGGAGCCAUCAGACCCUGGGUCGGUGGAAAGCUCCAGCCCCAGCCCCAGUUCGUUUGACAGCGAGGAGGAGGAAGAGGAGACAGUGGCUCUCAGAGACCAGCAGGGCCCCCCCGAGCAGGAGAGUCCUUCCCCCCGGCAGCUACGAGACUGCACUGGGAAGAGUCAGCUUCUCCAGCAGCUCAGGGCAUUUCGGAAGGAGACGGCUCAGCCCAAUUGGCCUGCCACUGGGGGUCCCAGUGGCCAGAAGGCUCAGGUCCCUGAAGAUCCAGCCAGCUCCGCAACUAGGAGGAAGCAACAUGUACCAGCUUGGGCUGAGCCCCAGAACACCCCAGCCAGACGCCCAGGGGGAGGUCCCAGGGCGCUAGGGGAUGCUCUUGGGCCAGGGACAGCCAGGGAGGCCCUGGUGCCUCCCCUGAGCCAACCGUAGCUGCCUCCGGGAACCGAAGGGAGGAGGAGCCGGAUGGGAUGAUUCCACUCUCCAUCCACAUGCCCUGGCCCCUGGCUCUCCCUUGUUUCCGUGACAAGGUGCUGCUUCUGCCGCACGGGGACCCUUGGGCUGCGGGGCAUUCCAUGCACUUAGAGCAAAGACACCAGAACACAACCGUACAGAGCGCAUGACGACAGCGCCUCUGACGGCGCCUGGGAAGCAGACCCCACAGAGAGAGCACAGUCUGUGCCGACAGUGAGACUGUCCAAUUUUUUCUCUCCUGUGUCUGUACCCCUCUUUGGUGCGCAUCUGUUAUUGGCAUCAAGCAAGCUCUUCCUAAAAUUAAAACUUAAGUAAAACAUAUUUAGAGAAUUUCCGGGUUGAAAGGGUCUUGCAAGAGAAUCGAGCCUGAUCUUCUGGGUCCCUGGCUGCUUGCUACUCUAUGUGCCUAAAUGAACACACCACAGGCUCUG